AUGGCCACGUUUGAGCGCCUCGGAGGCAAAGUGAGCACAUCGAUAAACAAAGCAGCAAUUCUCUGCAUUCCAGAAGGCACUCCGAAGAAGACCGGAAAGUUGAUCAUGGCUGUGGCCAUGGGAAUGGAUAUAGUGACAGAGAAAUGGUUUGUUGAUGCCCAUCGACUGGGAAGAUUUCCACCUCUUGAGGAGUAUCUGCCGCUGGAUAGAUCUCGGGAGGGGCAGUGGGGUUUGAAUCCAAAGGAGGCAGUUCGCAGGGGCAAGAACGGCUUGACGCAUUUGCUUUCCUGGAUGACGGUCUUUCUCACGAAGCAGCUCAGAACAGACUUGGGAAACCUGGAGCGGAAGAUUUCUCAGAUUGCCACCAUUCUGGGUGCAGAUGCAGUGAAGCAUCGCCUGCCGGCUCUGAAAGAUAAGGGGAAGUUCAGCGAGGCCGGUGUCCUGAUCAUCGGAGUGCCUGGUGACCCCCAGGGUGCUCACAUUGGAAGGUUGGGCCUCAAGCUUUUCCACAAGGAUAUCUUGACUAUGGCUGCUCUGAGAGGCCGAGUUGAACGAGAGUCCGCAGAUUUCAAGAUCGAAGUGCCCAUCAAAGACGAAGAUGGAGACUGA